ACUAGUUCCCCAUAUUUAUAAUCAAAACAAAGACCAGUUUAUUGAAGAAUGGGAUGCCGCGAAAAUGUUCAUCUCAAACUGGUGGUAUGAUGAAAAUGCUUUAAAAUGAUUAGAAUAGCUGCUCUGAACGACAGCAGCAGUGGAUUUGAUGAUGACGACGUCAGGAGUAAAGCAGUCGGAACAAGGGAAGCUGAGGAAUCAGAAGCUUACACUUUGUACAACAAAGCCCUUGGACUUCAGAGACAAGAUAUUCAGAAAGCAGAAGAGGCAUUUGAGCAACUUUUAAGUCAUGGUUUCAUCAGAGAGGCAGCCAAACUCAUUGAGACGGAGACAGUGGGGAUUACACAUCCUGGACUUCAACUUCUGUACUCCAUCUACAAAAAUCUGGCCGCCAUGUCACUCCAGAAGGGGGACCAUGAGGAAGCAAUGGAGUGGUACAUAGAGGCAGUCAAAGUUGAUGAAUCAGAGACAACGGUUUGGUACAAGAUAGGGACAAUAGCUCUGAAACUUCAUAAUUAUCAACUUGCCAGGCUAGGAUUUGAACAGGGCCUGCAGUGCAACCCAAAUCACUGGCCAUGCCUGGACAACAUCAUCACAGUUCUAUACACCAUCAAUGAUUACUGGUAUUGUCUUUACUACAUAUCCAAGGCUUUGAAGAAGGACUAUUUGUACCCCAAGGGGAUUGUUUUCAGGAAUCAAAUACUUAAAGAACAACCAUCCCUAAAAGAGGCUACUCAAGAAAUGUUUAAAGAAUGCAAUCCAGUAAUCGAUACAGAGAAAGUUGAGCAAGAGGAUAUAGAUGAGUAUGUGAAUGAGGCAUUGAAGAUGCGACAGAAAAGAAGGGAAUUGGCCAGAACUCCCCCCAUGAAACCCAACAAACUGCCAGUCCCUGUAAAAUCAUAUACGUGGUUGUCCUUGGGUGAAAGCUUGAUUGCAUUGUAUGACCAAAUAAAGAAAGCCACCCCACCAAAGAGUUUGAGUAUCAGGGUUGACUUGAGUGACUAUGCCCCAGACAGAAACAAAAGUAAAGAAAUCCAAAAUGAAGCACCAAGUGAACCUGCCAGCUCCACAACUUCCUCUUCAGAAUUGCCUCCACCUAUAGAAAAAAUGGAUGUCUCAAAACCUGAGGAAAUGGAGGUUGAUCACACCCCUUGGACAGAAAAUGUGACAAACGUCAUCUCAACUGAUAAUAUAUCUGACACUGCUGUCAGUUCAACUACUGUCAGUUUAACUACCACCAAUUCAGCUGUGGUCAGUUCAAUUGUCAGUUCCACUACUGUCAGUUCUACUGCUGUCGCUGUCAGCAGUGAUACUGCUGUAGUUCCAGCUUUGCCUGCUAGUGACAGCAUCCUUGCUACCAGUAGUGACACUACUACUGCUGCUCCAGAGAGUGUAGUGAUAAUGACUUCUGCCACUCUGACCUCUGAACCAGAGAAUGUUACUGUGACCGUGACCUCUGAACAUUCAGAUGUGUCAAAUUCAUUUACAACUCUGUCUGCUAUUCCAAUUUCAGUGACAUCUGCAUUACAAGAUCACCCUGGGUCAGAGAAUAGUGACACAGAGAGCAAGGGCAAAGGGCAGAAGAGGAAGAAAUCAUCAAAUUUUGAUAACCCGUACUACGAAAAACGGCGAUCAGCCAGGGUGAGGAACACUUUUACACGAAGAGAGGAGGAACGAGUGAACUUCAGAGAGAUUCUAGAGACAUUUAUACCUCCCAGUCUCAGGUCUGGAGUGGAUGAAGAGGAAAUGGAAACUUUGGAUCUGGUUUCUGAUAGUGAAGGAUCUGUUUUUACUAAAACUGAUAAAGCUGAAAGUGCAGCAGUAUCAAAAGCAAAACCAUUAUCAGAUACAGAGGAAGAUGAUGUCAGAGAAUUCCUUGAGAGAGAACAGAAGAAUGGCGGCCUGCUUAGUUUAAUGUUACAUUUCCUGGAGUCGCUGUGUGAUAGGGCAGAGCUGGCCUGGCCCCCAGAACUGGCCUCAGUCUUUGUCAGGAUCUAUACAAGAUGGAGGAAACAUACAGACCUGCCAUGUUUACUCAGUAAAAAUGAACCAGCAGAAGAUAUAAGAGUGUUUGGCAAGAUGUUGCUGAUGAAGCUAGAGUUUCAGUUUGAUCAGUGGUUAACCAAGCACCUCAGAAGUGGAGCUUCACCUAAAGGAAAAAGUCCAGGCUCAGGUCUUCCAUCAGAGAUGCCCAAGUUCUGGGAGGAAGACAUGGACUAUAUAUUUGGGUUACAGGGUCAGUCAGAGGUCAUGGGACCUUUGUGGCUACAGCACUGUGUCAGAG